AUGCUCAAGGAGAGCACGACGUCUGUUUGGAUGCAAAACAUUCGACUGGCGCUCAUCGGAAUUCCGAUAUCAACCGUGUCAAUGUGGUUCUAUGAUGGAAAGCAAAUCUAUGAAGACGGCUUUUUCCGCGGUUGGGAUGCAAUGGUAGUCUGCCUGACAAUACUGAAUUCGGUUGGAGGGCUGCUGAUAUCCAUUGUCAUCAAGUAUGCGGACAACAUUUUGAAGGCUUACGCACAG